AAUUAGCAUUUCCCCAAUCUCCCUUCACGCGCUGCAACCUUGACCAGUUGCGCAGAUCGCCGGUUAGAAUCAAGGAAUAGGAACUCAGAGUCAGAGGCAAAGCGCAUCUCGAUGGCCAUGGGAGUGCCCUCGUCGUCGUCGGCGGCGGCGGCGGCCACGGCCAUUACUGCCAUAUCACUCGCCCUCACCUUCCCAUGGCUCUUCGCGGCCUCCAACGCCGACUCCCCGCCUGCCCCGCCCUACGCUAAUCACACCGUCGUCUGGUUCUUCGACUCCGCUUCCAACUCCUCCGCCGUCAAUUACUCUACAUGGGCUUCCAGCCAAAAUUUCUUCCUCGGCGAUUUCCUCAUCUUCGACACGGAUUCGAACAAUACUGUGAUCCAGACCUUCAACGCCACCACCUACGCCCUCUGCGACUUCUCCGACGAUAACGGAAACGACACGACCUUCUAUUACGACGGGAGCGGCGAGCCGACGGUGAACCUGACGGUGGCGGUGCCUUUGACGGAGGAGGGCACGAACUACUUCUUCUCUGCGGCGGACGGGGGAGUCGAGUGCCUGCAAGGAAUGCGGUUCGAGAUAACGGUGUCGCACGGCCGGGGGCUCCCUCCCUCGCUGAACCAGCCUCCGCCUCCGCCGUACGUCGACUUGGCCCCUCCGCCGCCGCCGGAUAUAGCAGUGAACCCCACCACAGGCGGAGGGGGGAAGGCCGGUCGGCAGGCCCCACUAGCACAUGCGCUGUUGCUGCUUUUGUUUGGCGGUUUUGUUUUCUAGGUCACACAGGAUUGUUUGACUUUUGUACCUUGUUGGCAUUCCGCGUUCUUGAAUAAUCGCAGUCACUCUUUCACGUGCCGCUUUUAUUGAAA